GUAAUUUUUUAUGAUAUUUAUUAAAAUAAUAUAAGUAGGAUCUAAUAUUAAAUUGAACCAACAACAAUGUUAUGGUUAAUGGUCAUUUAAGAAAAAAGGGGCAAGAAAGUGGGCAUGAAAACAGGGGAGGAGUGGAGAAGAUUAAGAAGAAUACAAAUUUUAUACUAUACGUAUAAAUGGGCUCCGGGCUCUAUGUGUAAUCCAAAACACAUUAUUGGGUUAUUGAAUUUCAAGUGUUAAUACUUAUAGAGUUGUGAAUAGUGACAAAUAAUAGAGAGGUGAGGUCCCUAUUGUAACAAUAGAUGCAUGAAAAUCCACAAAAAAAACAUUAAUCAAAAGCAACACAAGACAAGAAAGAGAAGCAUGUGGACCCAAUUCUAGUGUUAAAAAGCUACAUAAUUAGUAGUAGAAGUAGAACACCCAACUUUCUUUCUCUAUUUAUUUAUUUAGUCUUCCUUCCUUCAUUCAUUCCUUGGCUCUCUAUAUCUCUAUAAGGAUAUCCUCUGUUCUAAUUCUGUCUUGUAGCAACAGCCCUUUAUAUAUAUAACAUAGAAUCAAUCAAUCUCACUUUACCCGCCAACUUAUUAAAAACAAAACAAAACAAAACAAAAUCUCUGCCUUCCUUCUUUCUACUCAUCUAGAUCUGUUUCUGAAUGGCCUCAAAAUAAGGAGAGGAAAGAGCUGUUUGCAAUGGGGAGUGGUGGUGGAAAAGGCAAGGUUGUUUUGAGGGUUUUUGUUGGUGCUAUUUUUCUACUUGUUACGUUUUGGUUUUUGUUAGUUGGAAUUAUAUCAAAUCAUCAUCAUCAUGUUCAUGUUCAUGCCAUCAAAACGGUGAGUAUUGGAAGUGUUACAUCAUCAUCAUCAUCAACUGAUGAAAUGUUAAAGCAUUGGAAAUGGAAUGGAAGAGGCUCAUCACUUCGUUGGGACUCUAAUCUCAUUUACGUCAGCAAGAGAAGAGUACCAAAUGGUCCUGAUCCCAUUCACAACAGGAGAGUAGUAACGACUAGACAACCACCAGGUCGAGCCUAAAAUAUAUAUUAUCAGGUAUUUAAUUACAUCUUGAAGCAUCAAAAUUUGUGUGACAAACAAUCAAGAAGAAUUGAAGCUGAGAUCUUCUCUAGUCUUUAGUCUCUACUUUUUGAGUUCUCAUUUGGGUUCUGAGUGAAAAUAUAUUUCAUUACUUAUAUGCAAUUAUAGUUAUAGUAAUUAAGUAUAAUCUUAUUGUGUUAGUUUUAGGAUUUGUGGAGUGAUUACUUAAAUGAAAAUUAUUAAAGCUUAUUGUAAAGGGGCCAAGUGUCUUUGAUUCUCUGAGACAAAAUAAUAAAACACACACAUUUAAA